GAACGAAGGGGAAUUAUAGUUCCAUUCAGUUGCAUUUUAAAAACCAAUUUUUUCUUUCUCCCUUUUAUUUUAUAUAUAGAAAAAGGAAAAAGAAAGUAGUCGCCGGCUACCGGAUCCCUUCAGCGGCCUAUCUGUUUUCCGGUGAUGGAUUCCGGCGUGUGGCUGCUGUCCCUGCUGGUGGCCCUCUCAACGGUCAGCCACAUUCGGUCGGAGCCGAUGCUGAGGUUGCCGUCGGAGAAGGCAAUCUCGAGCGAUUACUGCGACAGCUGGAGGCUGGCGGUGGAGACGAACAACGCGGGGGCGUGGGAGCGCGUGCCGGUGAAUUGCGUGGAUUUCGUGGCCGAGUACAUGACCGGAGAGCGGUACCGGAGGGACUGCGAAGUUGUUGGGAAUUUGUCGUUGGCGUUCGCGAGGAGCGUGAGAAUGGUCGGAGACGGAAGAGACGCGUGGGUGUUCGACAUCGACGAGACGCUCCUCUCCAACGUGCCUUACUAUCAACAAAUUGGAUUCGGAUUUGAUAUCUUCAACGAGACUUCCUUUGAUACUUGGGUGCACUCGGCUGCUGCCCCAGCUUUGGCAGCCAAUUUAAUUUUGUAUAACGAGCUUAAGGAAUUGGGGUUCAAGAUAUUUCUCUUAACUGGGAGGAGUGAGUAUCAAAGGAAUGACACGGAGACAAACCUUCUGCUUUCAGGGUACAGAAAUUGGGAGAGACUUAUCUUAAGAGGGUCUUCUGAUAAAGGCAAACCUGCCAUUAGUUACAAGUCUGAGAAGAGAGAAGAGGUGGAGAACGAAGGCUACAUGAUUCAUGGAAGCUCUGGGGAUCAGUGGAGUGAUUUGUGGGGUUAUGCAGUAGCCGCACGGUCUUUCAAACUUCCAAACCCAAUGUAUUAUAUUCCAUAGCAAUGUCUUCUCAGAAAUCUGUAUUAUUUUUUACGAUUCCCAGUUUUAGUUCCCUGCCGUGAUUUUUUCAUGGUAAUGUAAUGCUUAUUGUCUGUUGCAACAUGGUAAUUUAAAAACUGAGGAAUGAUUAUUUUUCAUUUCAUUGUA